GUAGAGUCAGAAAAAGUGGGGUGAGACAAAUGUAAUUUGUGUUGCGUCUGGCCCUCAGCCCCCCUGGCAGACCAGCCCAUUCAGUCCUCAGCAGUCCUCUCACAGGACAGGAAGCCUUCAUGUGCGAGGAAGCAGAAGCUGUCUAAGUUUAGAGGAGGAAAAAAGAAAGUUGCCAGUGUCAGAGUCAGCAUGGCCGGGGGCUCGGUGUCUGAGUGCAAGGAGUACUUGUUCAAAGUGUUGGUCAUCGGGGAAUUAGGCGUGGGGAAAACCAGCAUCAUCAAACGCUACGUGCACCAGCUUUUCUCGCAGCACUACAGGGCGACGAUCGGGGUCGACUUUGCUCUUAAAGUUAUCAACUGGGACAGUAAGACGCUGGUCCGGUUACAGCUGUGGGAUAUCGCAGGUCAAGAACGAUUCGGGAAUAUGACGCGAGUAUACUACAAAGAGGCCGUGGGGGCAUUUGUGGUGUUUGACGUGACACGGGGAUCCACUUUUGAGGCAGUGGCUAAGUGGAAGCACGAUCUGGAUAGCAAGGUGAAGCUUGCUAACGGCAACCCCAUCCCUUCAGUUCUGCUCGCCAAUAAAUGUGACCAGAAGAAAGACAUCUCCAAUAGCACAGCCCUCAUGGACAAUUUCUGCAGAGAGACCGGCUUCCUGGGGUGGUUUGAAACUUCAGCAAAGGAAAACAUCAAUGUGGACGAGGCAGCAUGUUUCCUGGUAGAGAAUAUCUUGGCUAACGACAAAGGAUUACCGUAUGAGGAGAGCAACGGAGACCGGAUCAAACUGGAGCAGGAGACUGUGCCUGCUGAGAGCAAGUCAGGCUGCUGCUAGCACACAGUCCGUUCACAUUAGCCAUCCGUUGGCCUCCCUUUGGCAGGGUCUGACCCUCACAGCUCACCCAGCCUGUGGUUCUCAGCCCUUUCUUCUGCAGUCUCUCCAAGGAAUAGGAAUUUUGGGGGUCUUCAAGUCUCCAGGAUCUCCUUCUCUUUGCACUGAUACCCAUUGGACCGGCAUAUCCAAAAUUCUCACUGUAGCUUUCCUUUGGCCAGAAUAAAACCCCGAUUUUAUUUUCAUGAUUUUGCUGUUUCCCUCUGCCUUUUCCCUUUGUGUCUCACACUUCUGAAAUACAAGAUUUUUAUUCAACUGUGUUUUUCACCACAUGUCUUAGCUGUGAUCCUCACCCACCUCUCCUUGCCUGAAUCCUGCUACUCUGAAGCCCUGGACUGUGUCAUUCCUGUCAACCAAAGCAAAAAGUUGUUAAAUACAAAGUAGAAAACUACCUGUAGCCUCUGUCACUUUGAUCAAUUCUCUCUCAAUGUCCUUACAGUCAUCUCUGUCUAUGAAACAAGACACUUUAUAGUUUGGUGUUUCUUAAAAACAUCUUUGCUUAGAGAUAUGCACCUAAACGUUUUUUUACUGCAGGUCUAUGUGUGUGUCCAGGACUACUGUGUAAAAAAUAAGCAAAUAAGUUAUCAAGUGUUAUUGUGUCUGUCUUUUUGCCAUAUUUUCUCUGAAAUAAUGUGCCAUUAUGCCAUCAUUUUUUUUGUAAGGUUGAUUAGAGGGGAACAAUAUUUGUUGUUUACUUAUACUUUAACAAGCACACAAAAAGCAACCACAGUAUUUCGGGUAUGAAAAGCUGAAUGACCUGUACUUUGUGUGGCACUGAAAAAACUUUGUUCUAUCAUCGUUGCACCAGUAUGAAAAUGCAGAUCUUAUUUACACUAUGUUUUUUUUAAAUAAUAUGUUGGGGCAUGCAUUAUAAAACCUUUGAGAUGUCAUAAAAACAGAUUCCUAAAAAGGACUAAACUCUCGUGUACAUAAAAAAGGUAACCUGAUAAAGUGUUCAGAUGAAAUAUGGAGGAUUUUUUUAAAACAUGGAGUUGAGAUUAAGUUUACAUGUGGAAAUACUUCAAAUCUACAAGACCAAAACAGACAUUACAAAUAAACCUUUGAACACAUGUCUGUUGUCUACUAGUCAUUACAGUGUCAAUUUUAUUUAAUGUGUAUAUGUGUGCAAACAGUGGAGCAAUGUUGAUUUGCUUAUAGACAUGCUGUGGGAAUGAAUAAAUGAUGUCUGUACUAAAAUCUCA